AUGUCAUUUCUUGGAGGCGCCGAAUGUUCAACGGCGGGCAAUCCGCUCAGCCAGUUCACCAAACAUGUCGGAGACGACAAGAGCCUGCAGCAUGACAGGCUUGUGGGAAGAGGCCCAAAUAGUGCUAUGGGUGGCUUCCGAAAUGUUGGCCGCAAUACUCCCCAAGACGAGAUGAUGAAUGGCUUCCUCCACCAGAAUGCCACCCUUCCCGACAUGCCCCUCGAGCAGCAGCAGGGUCCUUUGGCCCACGCCCAUCUCGAUCACCUUCGCGCUCAGUCCGGCUCUCCGCUCUCGCCAACAUGGGCCCCUGAUACCCAGGCCGCGAUGGAGGCCGCGUUCAACGCACCUCCCGGCACCCACUUCAGCGCCGACGAAUUCGCCAAGUUUCAGCACAUGAACCCUGCGGCUGCCGUAUCUCAUGCCCCGGCGAUGCCCGGCGCCAGCGCGAGCAUGCAGCGGCCCAUGAUGAUGGGCGGUGGUAUGAGCUACAAUAUGAUGCAACGCCCCAUGUACCAGCCCAUGUUUGGUGGUCAGAUGCACAUGGCACACCAGCCUCUCCAGCAACACCAACAGCCGGCAGUCGAGGGUAAGGGGAAGGGCAAGGUUGUGGAGCUGGACGAGAGCAAAUGGGAAGAGCAGUUCCAGCAGAUGGAGCUCCACGAUCGCCAACUGCGGGAGACAGAAAAGGACGAGGCUUUGGCCAUGGAGCCCGAGUUGAACAAAAUGGACGAGAAGCUCCUGCACUCCGAAACCGGCUACGGUGACCUGGAGUCGAUAUGGCGCGGCAUCCAAGCAGAGCAGGCGCAGCUCAAGGAACUGGACGAUAUCGAGGACGACUUUGCCAAGUUCGACAGCGCCAACUUUGGCGGAGAUAAUCUCCACGACUGGGGACUGAACAACAGGCUCGGAGCCGAUCCCAUCGUUCAGGAUUAUCUCUUCGAGGAUGAGAACAUCUUCGAGAACACGACAAACCCAUUUGAAGAGGGCAUUCGGAUCAUGAACGAAGGCGGAAACCUUUCCCUGGCCGCUCUUGCUUUUGAGGCUGCCGUCCAAAAGGACCCCGAACACGUUGAGGCCUGGGUCUAUCUUGGCCAUGUGCAAGCCCAAAACGAAAAGGAGGAGGCUGCUAUCCGCGCUCUUGAACAAGCCAUGAAGCUCGACCCCAACAACCUCGCCGCUUUGAUGGGUCUGGCCGUCUCUUACACAAACGAAGGCUACGACAGCACUGCCUACCGCACCCUCGAAAGGUGGCUCAGCGUCAAGUACCCCCAGGUCAUUGCCCCGCAAGAUCUGUCGUCCGCUGCCGAGCUCGGCUUUACCGACCGCGCCCAGCUCCACGACCGCGUCACCAGCCUGUUCCUCGAAGCUGCCCGCUUGGCCCCCGACGGAGACCACAUGGACCCCGACGUCCAGGUCGGCCUCGGAGUGCUCUUCUACGGCGCCGAGGAGUACGACAAGGCGGUCGACUGCUUCCAAGCCGCGCUCCACUCCUCGGAAAUGGGCACCUCCAACCAGCGCGAGCAGAUCCACCUCCUCUGGAACCGCCUCGGUGCCACGCUCGCCAACUCGGGCCGCUCAGAGGAGGCGAUUGCCGCGUACGAAAAGGCGCUGUCGAUCAACCCCAACUUUGUCAGGGCGAGAUAUAACCUGGGUGUUUCUUGCAUCAACAUCGGGUGCCAUGCCGAGGCGGCGGGGCAUUUGCUCGCUUCAUUGGAUAUGCACAAGUCUGUCGAGAAGAGCGGGAGGGAAAAGGCUAGGGAGCUGCUCGGUGGCGGAGGUGGUCCGGACACGGACGCGAGGAUUGACGCCAUGACCACUCAGAAUAGGAGCACGACGCUGUAUGAUACGCUGAGGAGGGUUUUCACCCAGAUGGGGAGGAGGGAUCUGGCCGAGAAGGUUGUUGUUGGAGUUGACCCUGAUAUUUUCAGAGGAGAGUUUGAUUUUUGA